AUGAGGCUCCAGGAUGAACCCCUCUGUUGUGGCAGCCACAAGAGGAUUGGACUUCUCCAAAAGUUCAACAAAUGGCAAGGGAAAGCCAUUGAGAAGAUGCAAAAGUCCAUGGACAAGAUGGUGAGCAAGAUCAAAAGUUUGGAGAAGAAGGUUUCUGGUUCUUCAAGCAAGAAGAAGAAGUCCAAGGCCCCCACAUUCCCUAGGAGUAGAUCACUCUCACCACUCCAAGGAGGCUCCCUGCCCAAGAGCCUCACAGAGCCUCUUCUUUCGAGCCAAGGGAAGGAGAAGACAACACGCAGAGAAGGAGGAAGACUUCCAAGGCCAGACGCUCCAGCUCGACCACCGGACUCGAUCGAGUCCAAACAGAGGAAACUCAACUCGAUCGAGCUGACGGUCGAGCUGACCAGGAGGAGCCCCAGUUCGAGAUCCGGGAUUUGA